CCUCCACCUCCUCUUCCUAAAGCGGCGAGGCGCAGAGGAGCGGCAUCACUCGAGCCCAGGUCCCAGCCACCACCACUCACAGCGCUCGGCGUUCAGGAAGAGGAGCAGCAGCGGAGGCGGCUGCUUCAGCGGCGGGCGGGAGCCAGAAAGGCCCCGAUCGAAAAGCCUGGGAGGGCCGCCGAACUACCCCCGGAGGAGGAGCCAGUCCGAACCCAAGGCGCCACCGCCGCAGAAGCGGAGCGAGGCAGCAUUCGCCUCCAUGGCCCACUCGCCGGUGGCUGUCCAAGUGCCUGGGAUGCAGAAUAACAUAGCUGAUCCAGAAGAACUGUUCACAAAAUUAGAGCGCAUUGGGAAAGGCUCAUUUGGGGAAGUUUUCAAAGGAAUUGAUAACCGUACCCAGCAAGUCGUUGCUAUUAAAAUCAUAGACCUUGAGGAAGCCGAAGAUGAAAUAGAAGACAUUCAGCAAGAAAUAACUGUCUUGAGUCAAUGUGACAGCUCAUAUGUAACAAAAUACUAUGGGUCAUAUUUAAAGGAUCAUGGGAUUAGCAGACACCUGAAGUUCCAGCAGAUGGAGAUGUUACUACAUAACAGAAAACUGGGGUCUAAAUUAUGGAUAAUAAUGGAAUACCUGGGCGGUGGUUCAGCACUGGAUCUUCUUCGAGCUGGUCCAUUUGAUGAGUUCCAGAUUGCUACCAUGCUAAAGGAAAUUUUAAAAGGUCUGGACUAUCUGCAUUCAGAAAAGAAAAUUCACCGAGACAUAAAAGCUGCCAAUGUCUUGCUCUCAGAACAAGGAGAUGUUAAACUUGCUGAUUUUGGAGUUGCUGGUCAGCUGACGGAUACACAGAUUAAAAGAAAUACCUUUGUGGGAACUCCAUUUUGGAUGGCUCCUGAAGUUAUUCAACAGUCAGCUUAUGACUCAAAAGCUGACAUUUGGUCAUUGGGAAUUACUGCUAUUGAACUAGCCAAGGGAGAGCCACCUAACUCCGAUAUGCAUCCAAUGAGAGUUCUGUUUCUUAUUCCCAAAAACAAUCCUCCAACUCUUGUUGGAGACUUUACUAAGUCUUUUAAGGAGUUUAUUGAUGCUUGCCUGAACAAAGAUCCAUCAUUUCGUCCUACAGCAAAAGAACUUCUGAAACACAAAUUCAUUGUAAAAAAUUCAAAGAAGACUUCUUAUCUGACUGAACUGAUAGAUCGUUUUAAGAGAUGGAAGGCAGAAGGACACAGUGAUGAUGAAUCUGAUUCCGAGGGCUCUGAUUCGGAAUCUGCCAGCAGGGAAAACAAUACUCAUCCUGAAUGGAGCUUUACCACCGUACGAAAGAAGCCUGAUCCAAAGAAAGUACAGAAUGGGGCAGAGCAAGAUCUUGUGCAAACCCUGAGUUGUUUGUCUAUGAUAAUCACACCUGCAUUUGCUGAACUUAAACAGCAGGACGAGAAUAACGCUAGCAGGAAUCAGGCGAUUGAAGAACUCGAGAAAAGUAUUGCUGUGGCUGAAGCUGCCUGUCCUGGCAUCACAGAUAAAAUGGUGAAGAAACUAAUUGAAAAAUUUCAAAAGUGUUCAGCAGACGAAUCUCCCUAAGAAACUUAUUAUUGGCUUCUGUUUCAUAUGGACCCAGAGAGCCCCACCAAACCUACAUCAAGAUUAACAAUGCUUAACCCGUGAGCUCCAUGUGCCUUUUGGAUCUUUGCAACACUGAAGAUUUGGAAGAAGCUAUUAAACUAUUUUGUGAUGGUGUUUAUCAUUUUAUAUUUUGAAAGGAUUAUUUUGUAAGGAAUAACUUUUAAUACUAUAGUUUCACCUGUAUUCUAGUAAAUGUUGAGACACCGUUUUGCUUUUAAGUAUCCCUAUUUCUUAAGUUACUAGGAUGAAUACCUUUCACAUUUUGAUCUUUAGUUGACUCUACCAUCAUGAAACAUACAGGUCUUUCAAAGUCAUUCUCAAUAUUCAGCUUUUGUAAAUUAUCAAGCUUCAAAAAGCUUUUUUUUUUAAAAAAAAACAUGCAUAUUCUAAAAAUGACUAUUGGUGGGGAGGUGUAAAUAAGUCAUACCUUCUUAAAACAGAAAAUUUUAGUAAAGUCUUUUAAAUGAAACCUGUAAAAGUAUUGACUCUUCUACCAAGUUGGUAUGAUAUUCCAGGCAGCUCAAUGAUUAUCACAUUUGAGACCCUGUGUUUGAAGCAUUUACAGGCAAUGUAUAGCAACAGAGGUACCUCUUGGUGUAUAGUAUUUACAUUCUCUUUUAGGUAGAAGAGGCAAUUUUACCCUUAUUUAACAUGGUUAGAAAUUUAAAGCAAGAUCAUUUACCCAAGGAUAGGUGUUUGGUAAUGUUGGAGGAGUUAGUCUGGCUUCAUGUUUUACAUCUUCAACUAAAAUCCCAUACUAUCUGCUUGGAUUUGGAGAGCCAAAAAAUAAAGCUGAUUGUCAUGUGAUUAAACAUCUGAUCAACAGGUAUGAAUAUAACUUAAAUCAGCAUAUUUUUGCCAUGGUAAUGAAUUGUCCUGUAAACUAUUUAUAUAUUUUUGUUCUUCAUAAUUAUCACUAAUAAGCAUCAGUUUGUUGUUUUUAAAAGGAUAUUUAAGUGAGCAUUUUCUAGUUCAUAUGAAAAUAACCAUAGUACAGGAUGAUUUCUGUCCACACAAAGGUUAAGUUAGAUUGCACAGUUAAUUUUCACUUAUAUUUAUGGUACUAUUAUGUGGGUGAUGCCUUUUUCUUUUAAGCCCAGUACAUAUAUUAUGCCUGCCUAAGUUCUGAACUGGGGCUAUAUUUCAGUAGUUGUAGAAUUAUUGAUAUUUAGUUUUGAUAGCUAAUGUUUAAUUGUUUGGAUCUGCACAGUUUGGUUUUUGCACAAAAGUCAUUUAAAAAAAUCUGAGUAAUUGUCAAAUAUUAAAAGAAAGAUAUUCUUCCUGUAAGGAAUACAGUUUUUAGUCAAAGUGGCCAUUACAUCCUCUUUUUAAUUUACAUAAUAUAGAUACUUGAGAAAGUUGUUGUGGUGUUGUAUGCCAAGAAAAUUCUUUUUAUUGGUGCCUAUAUUGUAACAAUUAUUUUUAAUGCAUUGUAUUUUGAAGUAAUGGUUCAGUUAAAUUUUUCACCUGCUGUGUAACUGAAACACAAUUACAGUUUAUAAUCUGUAGACGUCUGGAGAUAAUUUUGCAACUCAUGUUAUGGGUUAAAUGAAUAUUUUUGUAAAAGUAAAAGCAACAAAUUUAUAAAUUGAGUAUUUGAAACUUUACAACACAGUUGCAUCCCAAAUACAAAUUGUAUUGCUUAUUCAUUAUAGCUGUUCGUCCUGUAAUCUGUUUCUAGGUGAAGCAUACUCCAAUGUCUUGGGGGUUUUGAAAAUAAAUAUUUAAAUUUCACAGUC